GGCGGCGAGGCGGGGCGUCCGGGGGCUGACGUCACCGGCCGGUCCCGCCACCCCCAGCAGGUCCGCGGUGCUCCCCGCCCCCUCCCACCUGCGGGGGCGGGGCUGGGCGGUCCCCUCCUCCCGGCGCUCCCCUCCCCGGCGCCGCUCCUUUCGGGGAGCCCCGCGCACUCCCUCUCCCCGCCGCUCGCCGUCUCGGCUGCUCCGCGCCUGCCCCCCCGCACGCCCGGCACCCGCGCCGUCGUCGCCGGUCGGGGUUCCGAGGCCUCCCCGGGAACGGGCCGGGCCCCGCCGCCUCCCGGGAGGCGCGCACGGAAGUAGCUGCUGGUGUGGUGACCAUGUCAAAUAACGGCCUCGACAUUCAAGACAAACCCCCAGCCCCUCCAAUGAGAAACACAAGCACUAUGAUUGGAGCUGGCAGCAAAGAAGCUGGAGCCCUGAACCAUGGCUCCAAACCCCUGCCUCCAAACCCAGAGGAGAAGAAGAAGAAGGACAGAUUUUACCGAUCCAUCCUAACUGGAGAUAAAACCAAUAAGAAGAAGGAGAAGGAACGGCCAGAAAUUUCUCUUCCUUCAGACUUUGAGCACACAAUUCAUGUUGGCUUUGAUGCUAUCACAGGGGAAUUUACGGGAAUGCCGGAACAGUGGGCUCGCUUGCUUCAGACAUCAAAUAUCACAAAGUCAGAGCAAAAGAAAAAUCCACAGGCUGUUUUGGAUGCAUUGGAAUUUUAUAACUCAAAGAAGACCUCCAACAGCCAGAAGUAUAUGAGUUUUACAGAUAAAUUAGCUGAAGACUAUAAUUCCACUAACAAUUUGAAUGUGAAAACAGUUUCUGAGACUCCUCAAGUACCGCCAGUUUCUGAAGAUGAAGAUGAUGAUGAUGACGAUGCUACCCCACCACCAGUGAUUGCUCCACGCCCAGAGCACACAAAAUCUGUGUACACGCGGUCUGUGAUUGAACCUGUUCCUGUUACUCCCACUCGAGAUGUGACUACAUCUCCCAUUUCACCUACUGAGACUAAUACCCCUCCACCAGAUGCUCUGCCCAGGAGUACUGAAAAGCAGAAGAAGAAGCCUAAAAUGUCUGAUGAGGAGAUAUUGGAGAAAUUACGGAGCAUAGUGAGCGUGGGAGAUCCUAAGAAGAAAUAUACGAGGUUUGAGAAGAUUGGACAAGGGGCUUCAGGGACCGUGUACACUGCAGUGGAUGUGGCCACAGGACAGGAGGUGGCCAUUAAACAGAUGAAUCUUCAACAGCAGCCAAAGAAAGAAUUGAUUAUUAAUGAGAUCCUGGUUAUGAGGGAAAACAAAAACCCAAAUAUUGUGAACUACUUGGACAGUUACCUUGUGGGAGAUGAGCUCUGGGUUGUUAUGGAAUACUUGGCUGGAGGCUCUUUGACAGAUGUGGUUACGGAAACUUGCAUGGACGAAGGCCAGAUCGCAGCCGUUUGCCGGGAGUGCCUGCAGGCUUUGGAGUUUCUCCAUUCAAACCAGGUUAUUCACAGAGACAUCAAGAGUGACAACAUCCUAUUGGGAAUGGAUGGCUCUGUCAAGCUAACUGACUUUGGAUUUUGCGCCCAAAUUACUCCAGAGCAGAGCAAACGAAGCACCAUGGUGGGAACCCCAUACUGGAUGGCACCUGAGGUUGUGACAAGGAAGGCCUAUGGACCCAAGGUUGACAUCUGGUCCUUGGGCAUUAUGGCAAUUGAAAUGAUCGAAGGGGAACCCCCAUACCUCAAUGAAAAUCCUCUGAGAGCACUGUACCUCAUUGCCACCAAUGGGACCCCAGAACUUCAGAACCCAGAAAAGCUGUCAGCCAUUUUCCGGGACUUUCUUAACCGCUGUCUUGAGAUGGAUGUGGAGAAGAGAGGUUCUGCUAAAGAGCUGCUGCAGCAUCAGUUCCUGAAGAUUGCCAAGCCCCUCUCUAGCCUCACUCCACUGAUUGCUGCAGCCAAAGAGGCAACCAAGAACAGUCACUGAAACUCUGCUCUGCCUCGCCGCUCUGUGCCAAGAUGUCUGUGAAAUGCUCAUUUCAGAAACCUCAGUCCCCGAUGCCCUCCCUUCUUUGUCUUGCUCCUCUCAUUUUCUGGUAGUUCUCUCAAGACUUUGGUCCCUAAAAUCCACAUGUCCAGAAGAGAACUGCAUCUGAAUGACUAAUUAGAUGAUGACCAUUUCCAGAUAAGAAAUUUUGUCCCCAUUGGUGUGUGUGAGGGUGGUUUAUGACCAAGAACUUAUAUAUGAAUAAACCCUUAUAUUCUAUUUCUGCAUCACAAUCCCCCUCCAAUCAAUUAUUUCUUCACUGUAUAAAUUUACGGCAUUAUGACAUUUCCAAUAUAUAUAUAAUCAGUUGCAAUUUCUUUUUCUUUCUUUCUUUUUUUUUUUUUUUUUUUUUUUUUUUGCUUUUUGGGUCAUACCCAGCAAUGCUCAGGGGUUACUCCUGGCUUUGCACUCACGAAUUCAGGAAUUACCCUGGAAGUGUUUGGAGAACCAUAUGGAAUGCUAGGAAUUGAACCCGGAUCAGUGGCGGGCAAGGCAAACGCCCUACCUGCUGCGCUAUUGCUCCAGCCUCCAAAGUUGCAAUUACUUUAGUAUUUUUUUCUCCCUGUCAUUGAACUGCCCAGAUAGCUCACUAUUCUUGAAAGUUGGAACAACUUGCUGGGUGUGAUCCCACCCCUCGCCCCCAACACCCCACGCCACACACAAAAAAGAGAAAGAAAAGGAAAUAUGGAGGAAUGCCAUAAAUUUUAAUAAUUUGCAAGGGACUUGCCCUGGUUCAUCUUCUGGACUAUGACUUUGGCCCUGCUGCUCCUGACCCAGGAGAAAGCGAGCACUUCUUUCUUUGUGUGAGCUUCUAGCAGCUGUUUUGGAGGACUCGACCCAAUAGUGCUCCCAUGUCGUUUCUUUUGAAAUGGUCUUGGCUGUGUUCAGCUAUUUACUCCCCACAUCCCUGAGGCUUCUGUCCUCUAUCCAUCCUUGUUUAUAACAUUGAGAUAUUUCCAAGGGCGAGAGCUAGGUGAGAGUAAUAUGAGAAAUCAGGGAAACUGAACAAUUUUCAGAACAAGACUGGGCAGCAGGACCUCUCUGUGUCCAUGUGCUCUUUCAAGAACUCCGCCUCUUUCUUCAUCUGGAAUAAGAAGCUGAAAGAGUAAUCAGACCCUCUGAUGACUUGUGUCCAAGUGAAAGAUAUCCAAACCUGGAAUUAGUGUCAGAUGGAUUUGGUGACCUGAGAUGACACUGCCAGCUGGGAGGGGACUGUCUGACCAAGCUGCACGACCAAGCUCUCUGUGGAUGUAAACGCUUGCCCUGAGUAUUGGGAAUGUUUGCUUCCUUCUUACUACCAUUGUGGUUUGGUUCCUCCCGCUGUGGUAGGCCCUGGCCAGUAUUGUGGCUUUGAUGUCAGCUCCUUCCACCUUGCCAUGCUUGGGAACACGCCUGCCUUGCAGCACCAAUUUUAUUUCCUUCAAUAAAAGGAGAUGAGGAUAUGA